AUGUGGUCGACUGCUCGAGACGUCGCCGCAGGCGACCUCGUUAUCAUUUGGCAGACUCGAGAACUCAUUCAACCUUUACUCAUCACUCCAGGGAAGGACCUUAACUCCAGGUUUGGAUAUUACCGGCAUGCAGACCUUGUUGGAAUUCCCUACGGGUCUAAAGUCGGAUCUCGCAAUGGCAAAGGAUUCAUCCAUGUCCUUCGACCCACUCCGGAGCUUUGGACUAUGGCACUUCCCCAUCGCACUCAGAUCUUGUAUCUUGCCGAUAUCGCGUUUAUCACCUCAUGGCUUGACAUCAAACGCGGAAGCAGUGUCAUCGAAGCUGGUACUGGUUCGGGAUCGUUCUCCCACUCCGUCGCAAGGACGAUAGGGUCGGUAGGACAUCUUUGGUCAUACGAAUUUCACGAGGCCCGUGCAAACAAAGCGAGGGAGGAGUUUUCGCUCCACGGAAUGGCAGACAUUGUCACCCUUACACACCGCAACGUGUGCAAGGACGGUUUCACAGUUGAAGACACGGUUGAUGCAGUAUUCCUCGACCUUCCGGCUCCGUGGGACGCUAUCGAGCACGCCAAGAAGGCAUUGAAGAAAACCAGCCCUACUCGUAUAUGCUGUUUUAGUCCAUGCAUGGAGCAAGUCCUUCGAACAGUCAACGCCCUAAAUGAUUCAGGUUUCACGGACAUCACGAUGUUUGAGACGUUACUGAGACCUCACGAAGUUCACCAACUAUCACCACAGUCUCUAACCCAAGCGGUCGAGAAGCUCAAAAAAUUAGAACAAAAACGUGAAGACAAACGUCAGCAUCAGAUCGCAAGGUCGAGUAAAAGAAAGCGGGAUGACUUACCGGAAACAGACAUUGACAAUGUGGGAGUGAAAAGGCUCAGAACUCAGGAAUCAGAGGAAGAGGAUGUCUGUAUCCGCGAUAUCCCGGAUGCUGUGGUGGACCCUGGCCAGUCUGCCAACCAACCACCACCAAUCAAAAUAUCUGUUUCAAAGGUGUCUCCCGACGUUCGGGGCCAUACGUCAUAUUUAACUUUUGCUCGGCUGGUACCUACGGUGCCUUCAAAAUCUGUCUCAAUUCGAGAGUAA